GAACACAUUGCUAACAUUUUGUAAAUGACCAUUAAAUCCCCCAAGCAUUGAAGUGGGUCGACACCUUUACUUCCAGCCACAGAGGGCGGUGUUGCCAUGGAAUAGUCAAAAAAGGACUUUAUUAUUAAAUCGAGGCAAAUGUCACUCAAGAACUAUUUAUUUGUUUGUUUUGGUUGUCUGGUGAUUUUUGCAUAGUGCUUAAUGCGGACAUUGUGUUCCUGUUUGUUUUUCAAGAGUGUUUGUUUCUUGCCUCACGCUUUUAUUUUGAAAUUUGAAAAAGGAAGUGAAGUGGUGCUAUGUGUGUACAUUGGCGCACUUUUUUGUACGUGAAGCGUCAUUCUGACUAACGUUACCAGAGAAGAAGGAUGAACUUUUGGGUGCACGCUCUACAUAUAUACGGUUAAAGGUUUCUCCCUAUCUCUUAGCUCCUGGCUGAUGAAGGGCACAAGCUCUUACGGUGUUUUUGAAGAUUAAACCCUUUGUAAACAUCAGUUUCUGAGAGUAAAGUGCAUCUGUUCAGCUGGGAAUGCUACAGUAAGAGCUUACCCUUACUCUGGAGAGUAAGUGCUUUACCUAAAAAAAAUAAUAAUAAAAUAAAUAACAGCUACACCUCAUCAGUCCCACCACAUAUCUGAAAGCUGUUUAAUGACAACCAAAGGAUUUAGUCUGGAGAUCUAAGUCGGUGGCACUUCUUUAAAGAAAAUGGAUGCUUCUGAAAAUAAAGAACCAGACCAGCACGUGGAGGCCCCUUAUAAUAGAACGGAAGAGGAGGAGCUUCAUCGAUCUGGUCGACAACGGAAACCCACGGAAAAGAUGCGUGUAUUUAAAGAAGGUGAGGCCCUGAAAAAGGAGAAAAGAUUGAUUCAGCUGUACGAACAAUGGAAGGUCCUGGCUCGCAACACAAGGGAAGAGCUAAAAACAGACAUUAGUGAGAGCCAACUGGUAGCGCUUAUUAAUACACUUGAGAAGGGAAGGGAUGAUGUCAUGCACGUCUACCUGGAAAUUAGAGAUCACAUCGCUCCAUCCAGUGACACUAGACGCAGAAUUGAUACUUGUGAAGCUGUGACAAAAGAUAUUUCGAAGAUAAUUUUUGACAGAAUGGCAUGCCUUGAGGACUUUGACAGAGAAAAUGUAAAACACAGUCUUCGUGAGAUACUCCAUCACGAUUAUGCUCGCUCUGUCUACGGAUCCACAGUCUCACACCCCACAUCAUCAAGGUCUACAGUUAUGUCCAUUGCAGCUAAGCGAGCGGAUGCAGCAGCUGAAUUAGCAGCCAAAGAAGCAGAAUACUCAAUGAUACAAGAGAUCGAAGCUCAGAAGUGUGAACUGGAAAAACUAAAGGUAGAGAAGGAUCUAAAAGCAGCUAGAGCCAGACUGCAGGCCUAUGAUCAAGAAAUGGCACAAGAAGACAGCAUUCAUUCUUCAGAUUCAAAUUUAGGGGAACAGCAGGAUGUGAGUGUAACGCCACAACAGCAUUUGGUUCCAUUUCCUAUUCAAUGUCCUACCAACAUCACAGCAACGCGUCCUACUGACUUCACAGCAAAAUCCUCACCUCCAAGAUCUGAUAUAUCUUAUCUCGCUCAAGCUGUCCAAGAUAGCAUAGCUCUGAACAGGCUGCCUGCAACAGAACCAUCUGUGUUCAACGGUGAUCCUAUCCAGUUCAUUGAGUGGAAGGCUGCAUUUGUGUCGCUCAUUGAUGGAAAGGCCAUUUCUUUUGCUGACAAGCUGCACUAUUUAAAAAGGUACGUUGGCGGUCCAGCUCGUAAGUCUCUUGAUGGUAUCUUCUACAGGAAUGAUAAUGAGGCUUAUAAUGAUGCGUGGAACAAGCUGAACCAACGGUAUGGACAGCCAUUUGCUAUACAAAAGGCAUUCAGGGAAAAACUAGCCAAAUGGCCUAAGAUUCAUCCUAGGGAUGCUGAAGGUUUCAGAGAAUUCUCUGACUUCUUGAAUGCUUGUCAUCAAGCUAUGCCUCAUGUCAAAGGGCUUGAAAUAUUAAAUGAUUGUGAUGAAAAUCAGAAACUUGUACACAAAUUACCAGAUUGGGCAGCAGCACGUUGGAACCGUCAGGUCACGCAGACACUGAUUGAGACUCAUGACUUUCCAAAGUUUAUAGAUUUUGUGACCUUCAUGUCGAUGGAAGCAGAGAUUUCUUGUAAUCCUGUAACCUCCUUCAGUGCUCUUCGUGCCUCUGACCCUACUUCAGAAAAACGGAACCUUAAGGACAGUAAAAGGAACAGGGCUAACGUCUUUCACAUUCAAACAGCCACAGAAAAUAAAGAAAAUGACGAAAACGAACAAAAGCCCAGUAAAGGGAAUUUCAAAAUGUGUUUCUUCUGCAAGGACGACAAGCAUAAGAUUCACAACUGUCCUAAAUUUGUGGCAAAAUCAUUAGAAGAGAAACGGAAAUAUGUGAAGGAUAACAAACUCUGCUAUGGUUGCAUGAAACCAGGCCACAGCGCAAAAGACUGCCGUCACCGUCUGUCCUGUGACACCUGUAGAGGUAGACAUCCAACGUGUCUACAUGAUGAAAACUAUACAAAGAAAGUCAACUCUGCACCAGUUUCAAACCAAGGUGACACAGAGAUAACUACUUCUACAUCUCACAAAGUAGAGAAUAAUGAGCCAUCCACCAAUACUUCAAUGAUCGUGCCAGUGUGGGUGUCAACCGAGAGGAAUCCAGGCUCUGAAAAACUUGUUUAUGCUCUGCUUGACACCCAGAGUGAUACUGUGUUUGUCGACAGAGAGCUGAGCAUUAAGUUACAAGCUGACUCCUGUCCGGUGAGACUGAAGUUGACAACCAUGACUGCAAAGGAUCUUGUCAUGCCGAGUGAAAGGGUGUCAGGUCUUAAAGUAAGAGGGUACAGCUCAUCCGUUGUCCUCAACCUGCCCCCUGCCUACACUAAGGACUCCAUUCCAGUGAACCGUACUCAUAUCCCUACUUGUGACACAGCACGACAUUGGAAGCAUCUCUCUACAAUAGUGGAUAAAAUUCCAGCUCUGCAGGAUUGUGAGGUUGGUCUCCUGAUAGGCUACAACUGUCCAAAGGCUUUGGCACCAAAACAGGUGAUUUUAGGAGGAGACGAUGAACCUUAUGCAGUCCAUACAGACCUAGGAUGGAGCAUUGUUGGUCGCCUGUCUUCACACAAUGAAUCACAAAGCUUCAACACCAUCUGUCAUAGAGUCAGCAUAAAAGAGCUCCCUCCAGUGACCCCAGCAGAUGUUAUUAAAGUAUUGGAGUCUGACUUCAAAGACGCUGGUGAAGAUGAUAAAACUGUGUCACAGGAUGACAUCCUCUUUUUGACCAAACUGCAGCAAGGCAUAAGGAAGAAUGACCACGGGCAUUACGAGAUGCCUCUUCCCUUCAAAAGAAGACCUAAUUUCCUUAACAAUAAGCAGCUGGCCAUUGUAAGGCUCAAUCAUCUUAAAAGGAAAUUGCUGAAAGAUGAAAAGUACAAGGAACACUAUGUGAGGUUUAUGGAAGAGGUCAUUGAAAGAGGUGAUGCAGAAGAAGUGCAUGAUGAAGGAAAGGAUGGAGAGAAGUGGUACAUCCCUCAUCAUGGGGUGUACCACCCUAAGAAACCAGACAAGCUCCGUGUUGUCUUCGACUGCUCCGCCAAGUACCAGGGAACCAGCCUCAAUGACCACUUGCUCCAAGGCCCAGAUUUAAUGAAUAAUCUGACUGGUGUUCUUGUAAGAUUCAGACAACAUCCCAUUGCCCUUAUGUGCGAUGUUGAAAAGAUGUUUCACCAAUUUCACGUGGAAGAAGCAGAUCGAAACUACCUCCGUUUUCUCUGGUGGAAAAAUGGAGACUUAGCUUUACACCCACAUGAAUACCGCAUGAAGGUCCAUCUUUUUGGUGCAACCUCAUCACCUGGAUGCGCCAACUAUGGUCUGAAACAUCUUGCUAAGGAGAAUGAGGGUAUGUAUCCUCUUGGCUCAAAAUUCAUCACAAAAGACUUUUAUGUAGAUGACGGUGUCACCAGUGUAGUCAGCACAGAAGAAGCUAUCCAGGUAGCAAGAGAAGCUCGACAACUGUGUGCCUCAGGUGGUCUUAGACUGCACAAAUUUAUUUCAAAUGACAAAGUUGUCCUGGAUAGCAUUCCAAUUUCUGAACGAGCUGUUGAAGUAAAGGCGCUUGACCUCAGCUUCGAUGACACACCUUUAGAGAGAGCUUUAGGGAUCCACUGGCACAUUGAUUCUGACAACUUCAGAUUCUCUGUUGACCUCAAAGACCAGCCAGCAACACGCCGUGGCAUACUAUCCACAGUUGCGUCUCUGUAUGAUCCACUGGGCUUUAUUGCUCCUUUCCUGCUCAGUGGAAAACUAGUGCUUCAGGAAAUGUGCAGAAACGGAACAGGCUGGGAUGACCCCCUUCCUAAAGAAUUGCAGCCUAGCUGGGAGCAUUGGAAAGCAGAUCUUGUGAACUUGGAAAAGAUCAGUAUACCCCGCUGCUAUGUGCCUGCAAACUUUGGAAAGGUCAUCAAAAGGGAACUUCAUCACUUCUCUGAUGCGAGCAACAGCGGAUAUGGCCAGUGUACCUAUUUGAGACUCACAAGCAAAGAAGGAAAUAUCCAUUGUGCCCUGGUCAUCGGUAAAUCCAGAGUUGCUCCCAUUAAGGUCCAGACCAUCCCCAGGCUCGAAUUGACAGCUGCUGUCAUCUCAGUUGCCAUGAGCAAUAUGCUUAAACGGGAGCUACAAUAUGCAGACAUAGAAGAGCACUUCUGGACCGACUCCCAAGUGGUUUUGGGAUACAUAAACAACGAAGCACGCCGUUUUCACACAUUUGUGGCGAACAGAGUGCAAAAGAUACAUCUCAGCACUACUCCUCAACAGUGGAGAUAUGUUCCCACUAAUGAAAACCCUGCUGACCAUGCGUCGAGAGGUUUAAACGCUGGUGAGAUUCUUACAUCUAAUUGGUUGACAGGGCCAGGAUUCUUAUGGAAGAAGGAUAUACCUCCUGUUGCAGAUAUUGACACAGCACUAACGAUUGGAGAUCCUGAAGUGAGACAGGCUCAGACACUGAGUGCACAAGCAACAGAAGUCAGCCUCUCAGACCGCUUGUCAAAGCUGUCUACAUGGUCUGGAGCUGUCCAAGCUGUGGCUCGCCUCAUUCGACGAGCCAAAGGGGACAAAUCCAGCAGCCACAGUACGGUAGCUGAACGAGAAGAUGCUAAACGCAUCAUCAUUAAAGAUUUACAAAGAAACACCCAUCCAGAGGAUAUCAAGUUAUUGAGCAAGGGGACCCAGCUGUCACCUGGCAGCAAGCUGUAUCAUCUUGAUGCCUUCCUGGAUCAAGAAGGAGUACUCAAGGUGGGAGGAAGACUUUGUGAUGCAUCUUUACCCAACUCAAUCAAACACCCAGUGAUCAUUCCUAAAGAUCACCACAUAACGAAGAUGAUCAUCUCUCAAUGUCAUGAGAAUGUCAAGCACCAAGGAAAGGGUCUCACAAUUAAUGAGAUCAGAUCACAAGGCUACUGGAUUCCAGGAAUUAGCAGAGCAGUAGCAUCCCAUGUGCAUCACUGUGUGACAUGUCGGAAGCUCAGGAGACCCACAGAAGAACAAAGAAUGGCCGACCUCCCUUCAGAGCGUACGAAUCCAUCCCCACCGUUUACGUACUGUGGUAUGGACUGCUUUGGUCCCUUUAUCACUAAACACGGUCGGAAGGAUCAUAAAAGGUACGGCCUCCUCUUCACGUGUUUCAGCUCCAGAGCUAUUCAUAUAGAAAUGCUAGAUGACAUGUCUACAGAUGCUUUCAUCAAUGGCUUACGCUGUUUCAUUGCAUUGCGGGGAGCAGUGCGCCAAAUCAAGUGUGACCAAGGCACCAACUUUGUAGGAGCCAAGAAUGAGCUGAAAAAUGCUCUCAAGGAGAUUGAUGCUGAUCGUCUGACAGUGUUCUUAGCUGAAAAACAGUGCGAUUUUGUCCUAAAUGCGCCCCAUUCAAGUCAUGCUGGUGGGGUAUGGGAGAGACAAAUCAGAACAGUGAGGAAUGUUCUUCGCUCAACUCUCUCACUCUAUUCUGGCAGACUGGACGAUGCAUCACUGCGGACAUUCUUUUAUGAAGCUAUGGCGAUCGUAAACAGUAGACCACUCUCAGUUGAUAACUUAAACGACCCCAACAGUCUUGCACCUCUCACCCCUAAUAACCUGCUUACUAUGAAGUCUAUUCCAGCAUUACCACCACCAGGCAGAUUCAUCAGAGAAGACAUCUAUGCAAGGAAAAGGUGGCGUCAUGUUCAGUACCUUGCAGAGCAGUUUUGGAGUCGUUGGCGUAAGGAGUAUCUAUCCAACAUUGCCAUCAGACAGCGCUGGCACACAGUAAAGAGAAACCUGCAAGUAGGAGACAUUGUCAUGGAAAAGAUUGAUGAUCUGCCCAGAAAUGAGUGGCGGUUGGCCAGAGUUACAGAGACUACUACAGAUAAAGACGGGCUUGUGAGAAGAGUAAAAGUAUGCCUUGGUGACCGAAAUCUGAAAACGGAUGGUCGUCGCCUCAACAAGCUGUCUGUCAUUGAACGCCCAGUCCAGAAGCUGAUCCUGUUGCUAGAGACCGUCUAGCUCCUACCAAGAGCAACCAAGUGUAUCCUUUUCUUUAUAUUACUUGAAUUCUAGAAAUGCCUUAGUAUGGACACUUUAUGUCCAUUUCUUAAAGUAAAAGGUCAUUUUCAUUUGAAAAACAUUUGUAAUUUAUAUUCCUUAAUGUCAUACAAAUCACUCAUGUUUUGGUGGGAGUGUAAAUGACCAUUAAAUCCCCCAAGCAUUGAAGUGGGUCGACACCUUUACUUCCAGCCACAGAGGGCGGUGUUGCCAUGGAAUAGUCAAAAAAGGACUUUAUUAUUAAAUCGAGGCAAAUGUCACUCAAGAACUAUUUAUUUGUUUGUUUUGGUUGUCUGGUGAUUUUUGCAUAGUGCUUAAUGCGGACAUUGUGUUCCUGUUUGUUUUUCAAGAGUGUUUGUUUCUUGCCUCACGCUUUUAUUUUGAAAUUUGAAAAAGGAAGUGAAGUGGUGCUAUGUGUGUACAUUGGCGCACUUUUUUGUACGUGAAGCGUCAUUCUGACUAACGUUACCAGAGAAGAAGGAUGAACUUUUGGGUGCACGCUCUACAUAUAUACGGUUAAAGGUUUCUCCCUAUCUCUUAGCUCCUGGCUGAUGAAGGGCACAAGGUAUCGUUUUAAUUUCAUGCUGUGUGGUAAACUUUGAAAGACUUUGAAGUGUUUAUUUUAGCGAUUACCUCUGAAGCUAUUAACUAACGUUUAGCUGGUUGUUAGCAUAUAUGCAAGUUUCGAAUAUCAGUGAUGACCAUUUCACUUGCUAAUGUUGUUAUUCAGAGAGAGUGUGAUUCAUGGUUACUGUAUUAUUUCCUCGUCAAUGUUACAGUUUUUCUUGGUUUGCACACCAGGUGGAUUGUUUACAGUAAAUCAGGACUUUAUUUGGUCAUUUUAUGUUUUAUGUUUUUCGCACUAAUUUGAUGUCAUCAGUUCUACCAAAAUUAAUUAAUUAACAUAUAGUUCUCAUUGAACUUUAAAAGGACAUUGAUGUGAUUUAUAAAAUCAAAUGGGUCAUAUAAGUAGCACUUUGAAAGAAGUUUGUCAGUUGUUUAAAACUCAUUUAUUCGUUGGUGCUGUAUCUGCAUUAAAUAUGGUUACUGACAGUGUUAAAAUAAUUCAUAUUAUUCAGGCUUACUACAGUACAGUAAGGCAAGGUUAUUACAUUAGCCUGUAUACUAAAAAUGUGAUUUAUUGUCAUACAAUUUAUGAUGUAGGUCAAUCAGAUUGCAACUGUGUAUCUAUUAGUUUAUAGGUUUGUUUUGGACAUUUAUUUACAAUUUGCAGGAAGAUGUCUAAUGACACUUUGUUUGUUUGUUUGUUUUAUUCAGCUCUUACGGUGUUUUUGAAGAUUAAACCCUUUGUAAACAUCA